CUUCAAUAGAAUUUGACCACUACUAAAGGGGCCGAAAAUAGUAAAGUAGAGGCCGACGGAAAAGAGAGAAAGAAAGGAAGGAAUGGCAGAGAAAUCACCGGUGAAAGAAGCUGCUUCCUCAGAGAGCAUCCCCAUCUCGAACUCAAACCAGUUGAAGCCAUCUCCCCAAUUACCCUCCAAAUUCUCUUCCCAAACGGCACCCAACUCUGAAGUGCCCUCCACGCCCACAAGCCGUCCUCCUUCCGCCGAUGCCGACGUCGUUUACGUCCCCAGCUACUCCCGGUGGUUCUCGUGGGAUAAGAUAGACUCUUGCGAGUCCCGUUUCCUUCCGGAGUUUUUCGACGGUCGCUCGGCUUCCAAAGGCCCCAGUCUUUACAUUUAUUACAGAAACUCAAUUAUAAAGCUAUUCAGGGAAAACCCUUCCCGUAAGAUUACCUUCACUGACGUCAGGAAGACUCUUGUUGGCGAUGUUGGAUCCAUUCGGAGGGUUUUCGAUUUCCUUGACCACUGGGGUCUCAUCAAUUACUCUGCCUCCUCUGCCCUUUCCAAGCCCUCCAAAGAUACUGGUUCUAAUAUUAAAUCCUCAGAUUCCCCUUCUGUUGAAUCCCCUUCUUCUGCUGCCCCGACCUCCAAACACUCCUCUAAUUCCAGGCGAAUCUGCGGGGCGUGCAAGUCUCUUUGUACCAUUGCUUGCUUCGUUUGCGACAAGUAUGACUCCACCCUGUGUGCAAGGUGCUAUGUUCGGGGCAACUUCAGGGUUGGUCUAAGCAAUGCUGAUUUCAGGCGGGUAGAGAUCACUGAUGAAGCCAAGGCAGAUUGGUCAGAAAAAGAGACAUUGCUGCUUCUGGAAGCCAUUAUGCAUUAUGGUGAUGACUGGAAGAAGGUUGCACAGCAUGUUGGUGGUAGAACCGACAAGGAUUGUGUGGCUCAUUUCGUUAAGCUUCCUUUUGGGGAGGAAUAUCUUGGACAUCCAUUAUCUAACGACGAUGAAUCUGGAUUUGAAACUAAUAAAAGGAUGUGCCUCACGCCUCUGGCUGAUGCAAGCAACCCAAUCAUGGCUCAGGCUGCCUUUUUGUCAGCUUUGGCUGGUGUAGAGAUUGCAGAAGCAGCUGCCCAAGCAGCUGUUUCCGUUCUAUCUCAGGUCGACGACAUCACAGCUAGCAGAGUGGGGAGUGGGUCUCUUGAAAGAAACUCGAAACAAGAAACUGAAAUUUCAUCUAAUGGUGACACCAACCAAAAUGCAUUGGAAAGAGCAGCAUAUGCAGAUGCAAAUUCACUACUUGACAAGGAAGAACAAGAUAUUGAAAGGGCAAUUACUGGGAUUACAGAAGUGCAGAUGAAAGAGAUACAAGACAAGUUUCUUCGUUUUGAGGAGAUGGAUUUGCAGACUGAGAAAGAGAGGCAACAACUGGAGAGCAUGAAGAAUCUACUUUUUAUUGACCAGCUCAAUCUUUCAUUUCGUAGAAACUAUACAUGAAAUACUGAACAAGUGGUGAAGAACAAUUGUUUUCUUUUUCUUCUGUAUUCUGCCUCUGCAGAUGGUUAUGGCCAAAGGAGAAAAUUUCUUGAAUUGCAGGUAAA